AUGGAGCUAAGCCAUAAUUUUAAUGACGACCAUCCGCAAGAAUCAACCAACGCCCACGAAUCCUCGGGGGCAACCGAGACGGACGGUGAAGGUGGAGCUCGUAAAAAACGGAAUCGAAAUUUCCCGACCCACGAUUGCUCGGUCAACCAUGAUGUCGACGUGGUGAAGCUUCUAAUGCCGGCCGAUUCCGUUCUAAAAAGGUUUGCUCGGUGGUGGCGCAGACGUUGCCUUAUCGAUCACCGUAGCCCUUUGGCAAAGCUCGUUUUCCGCAGUGACACGGCAUUAAAGCGCGAACUGUCACGCCAUGUCACGUACUAUCCGCGCACAAUUCAUCCAUUCAGCUACUUCCGGUUCAUCUGGGAAUGCAUCAUGAUAGUAACGUUUGCGUCCGCCUUCCUGAUGAUCCCGUACGAUGUGGUAUUUCUGUUCCAACAGGAAGAUUACUAUCCUUUCUCACCCUUUCACGUGGUGCUGCUCUGCACAGAUGGUGUUUGCUUGUUAGACGUGGUGGUUAGGUUCUACUCCGGCACGUACAAGCGACGAAAGCAGCAGGUAGAUCUCGACCUAAGCCGCGUGCGGAUGCAAUAUCUGCGCUUGUGGUUCUGGAUCGACAUUAUCAGUUCGGCACCCGAUCCGUUGAUGACGCGCCUGAUUCCACCCUCUACGCUCGACAACUCGCUGCUGUACUGCCUACACAGGCUCGACUUUCACCCCGGGUGCCUGUGGGACUUCUGGAGCCUAAUGUCGGUGAUAAAGAUCUUCCGCUUCCGGACGUUUCUGCGCUACAUUCGCCGACUCUGCCAGCGGAUGGGGUUGCGGCGCAAUGUCAUUCAAUUUACCACCAUCCUUGCCACCGUGCUGACCGUGUUCCACUGGAGUGCCUGCUUUCUGUUUCUCGUGAUGCGCCUGGUACAGGGCCCCAAUUUGGCGAAUGUUGACCAGCGCUCCUGGACCCAGCAGAUCCCGUUUUGGAAUCAAACCGCCUUCGUCCGAUACCUGGAAUGCUCCUACCGGACCCUGUACACCGUGACCCACAUCACGCACAAUUUCAGCGAAUCCAUGACGUACGACGAUAUGCUGAUGUCCCUGAUCUUCACCGUCGGUGGGUAUAUACUGAAGAUUUACCUGCUAGCCGAGCUGCUUAUUUUCAUUCGCAUCCUGUUUUCCAGCGCGAGCAAGUACCACGAGUAUCGAUACGAGCUGAGCAACUACAUGCGCCAUGAGCAGCUGCCGGCCGGUCUGCAGAAGCAAAUCUUGAAGUUCUACGACAUCCGCCACCCGCGGGUUUACAGCCGGUGGUCACUGAUGCGGACGCUCGUCGGAGAACAGCUGUUUGGCGAGUUCCGGAUGGAAAUUAUGGGCUCAUUGAUUCGGGCCUGCCCACUGUUUGCGGCCGUGUUUUCCGAGCAUCAGCUGACUGCGAUAGCGCUUGGGAUGCAUUUUCAAAUUUUCACGAAGAACGACAUCAUCGUGCGCUGGGGAGCAGAGCAUGUUGACGGCGGUACCAGUGACAAGGACAACUGGAACAUGGUGUUUAUCGUGUCCGGUACGGUUGCCAUUUAUACGAGCCGUUGGAAAGAGGUGUUGCACUUGGAAGACGGCGAACACUUUGGCGAGUUUCAGCUGCUCUUUGAUGAGGACAUGGUGAAAUUUCCGAACCUUGUGGCGGUGGAAAAUUGCGAGUUGUACAUGCUGUCGCGAGGCUGGUUCGAUGCAUUCCUGAAGUCAUACCCGGUGCAGCGGCGGAAACUAAUCGAUUUGGCGACCGAACAACUGCAGCAGAUGAAGCAGAUGCGGCGAACUACCGUGCUAGAGACGCUGGCGAACGUCGAAACGGUUCAAAUGCACAGCUCCAGAUCGGACGGCGCACCGUGAAUUCGUUUUGCUCCCCGGGGCGAAUAAUGCUUGAGCCGCGCGUAACUUCCGGGCAGGGCAAUCAAUCAUUUCCGGAUCCGAAGCCCACGCGGAAGCUGGAGGUUUAUGCUAUUUUUCACCGUUAAUAAUAUUUAUGGUUUUGAAUCUUCAUCCACCUUUGCGCGGUGGUAUUCAUUCGCUUGUGUGCCAUUUCUUUCGCCUCUUGAUGUUUAUUAAUAUUGAGUGGGCAAUCGUAUUUUUGCCGGAAUUGAAAGAAAGGCCUUUCAGCGCGUCGCGAAUGGAGCGAAUUUAAUUAAACAUUUUGCCGUGAACUCGUGCUCGCUCGAGUGGAGCAAGCUGCUAGAGUGUCAAUAAGUCAGUUAACACCGAGAAAAAUGAUCAAGCAAAGGAAAGGGAGACAUCAUGUCUGGUGCACCGAACCAAAGGUUCCCCGGGUGUUAAACAAAUGAAGGAGUGAAUUUGAUUUUAAAUCAGAUAUACCUUAUUCAAAUUAA